GUACAUAUGAGUGCAACACGUUGUAAAGUGAAGCCCCAUUCACUGCAGAUCAGCAAGGAGCUGUAAAGAAAGGGAACUAAGCUUCGGUUUGGACCAGCUCUCAGUUGUUAUCUUAUAUGAGAAAGUGAAACUAUUUCACAUUCCAUGUCUCUUCGGGGUGAAAUGGCGCAGCAACAAAAUCUGAUGGAUCGGAAAAAACUCUGCUGUUCCAUCUGUCUGGAUCUACUGAAGGAUCCAGUGACUAUUCCCUGUGGGCACAGCUACUGCAUGAGCUGUAUUAAAAGCCACUGGGAUGGAGAAGAUCAGAAGGAAAUCCACAGCUGUCCUCAGUGUAGACAGACCUUUAGACCGAGGCCUGCGCUGGUGAAAAACACCAUCUUGGCAGAUUUAGUGGAGGAACUGAGGAAGACGGGACUCCAAGUUGCUCUGGCUGAUCACUGCUACGCCAGACCUGAAGAUGUGGGAUGUGAUUUCUGCUCUGGGAGAAAGCUGAGAGCUCUCAAGUCCUGUCUGCAGUGUCUGGUCUCUUACUGUGAGCAGCACAUCCAGCCUCACUAUGAGUCCCCAGCCUUUGAAAAGCACAAGCUGGUCGACCCUUCCCAGAAGCUCCAGGAGAACAUCUGCUCUCAUCAUGGUGAAGUGAUGAAGAUUUUCUGCCGCACUGAUCAGCAGUGUAUCUGUAUUAUGUGCUCCAGGGAUGAACAUAAAGACCACGACACGGUCUUGGCCUCAACAGAAAGGACCGAGAGGCAGGGAGAGCUCGGAACAAGUCGACAAAGAAUCCAGCAGAGAAUCCAGAGCCGAGAGAAAGACGUGAAGGCGCUCCAGCGGCAGUUGGAGGCCAUCAAUCACUCCGCUGACAAAGUUGCGAAGAACAGCGAGAAAAUCUUCACUGGGUUGGUGCAUCUUUGCAAGAGCAGAAGCUCUGAUGUGAAGCAGCAGAUCAGAUCCCGACAGAAAACCGAAGUCAGUCGGGCUAUGGAGCUUCAGGAGAAGCUGCAACAGGAGAUCACCGAAUUGAGGAGGAGAGACGCUGAGCUGAAGCAGCUCUCACGCACAGAGGACCACGCCCGGUUUCUACAGAACUACCCCGCACUGUCAUGUCUUAGUGAAGCUCCAAACUCGCCCAACAAAAACAUCCGCACUCUGCACUACUUUGAGGAUGUGACGAGAGUUGUGUCAGAGGCCAGAGAAAAGCUGCAAGGCAUUCUGAGUGACGCGUGGACCAAGAUCUCAGAGCCUGAAGUGGAUGUUUUACGGCCACAACCAGAGCCCGAGACCAGAGCGGAAUUCUUACAAUACUCAUGUCAAAUCACACUGGAUCCAAACACAGCAAACGCACGGCUGUUAUUAUCGGAGGGGAACAGAAAAGCAACAGUGACGAGUGAAAAACAGUUGUAUUCAAAUCAUGGAGACAGAUUUACUGACAUGUUUCAGGUUCUGAGCAGAGAGAGUGUGAGCGGCCGCCAUUACUGGGAGGUAGAGAGGAGCGAAUGUGAAGUUUCAGUGGCGGUCACGUACGAGGAUAUCAGCAGAACAGGAUAUGAAAGUGGUUUUGGAAAUGACGACAAGUCUUGGGCAUUAGAGUGUUUCAGCAACAACUACGAGUUCAGACAUAACGGUUUAAAAACUUUUAUCUCAGGCCCUCAGUCCUCCAGAGUAGGAGUGUACCUGGACCACACGGCAGGUAUCCUGUGUUUCUACAGCGUCUCCGCAACCCUGACUCUCCUCCACAGAGUCCAGACCACAUUCACUCAGCCACACUAUCAGGGACUUGGCGUUUUUGCUUCACACGGAAACGGAUCUGCUGCUGUGUUCUCUGAGCUUGAGUAGAAAGAAGUUAGGAGGCUGACUGUGUGCUUUAUUUUUUGAGUCAGGAACUGUGAGCUAUGAUUGUAUAACCAUUGCCAAAACAGAAGGCUGUGCAAACACAUCUUUCAUCAGAUAUUUUAGUUUUUUGGCUCAUGACCUUCUUCAGAGAAGUUUGGCAAUAUUUACUGCAACUUCUCUUCUUCCUUUGGGAAGCCAAAAUAAGGGAACAUUUUGUAUUCAUGAGUAAUGGAAGUGUUAAAAACAAUCUGGUGGCUGUCUUUCUUUGCCAUGUUUGCUUAUGAAAUGUGGAUUGAGUCCCAGCACAUUUUUAUUAUGAAGAAGAAAUAAAAUCACCAAUGAUUUAUGUUUGCAUUUACAGUCAGUCAAGAAGACACAGUUAGAGUAAAGGUGUGAUUUGUUCCAAUGUCUGCAGAAACUCACUCCAAUCAAUGAAGGUUCAGAGUUCCGAUCUUUCCUCACACUAAUCAUUUCUCUCUUUUUUUUUUACUAUAUUCUAUAAAGUAUUAGCCACAAAAUAUGUAGCUGAAGAGCAUUUACAGCAGAGCAAAGCCAUAGUGGGCUCAUUGCACUAAUUCUUUUAUAUAAAUCAUUUUUGUUUACAGUUGCACUGUAAUCGAAAUUGCACUAAUAGUGUUUUUUAUGUGAACGAAAUGUUUGUGAUUUUUUUCUUUUACAUAAACCUGGUUUAUGAUCAUUGUGUACAAUUAUGAUGGAAAUCACUUUGCAAAUAAACUUAGUAUUGUCAAUUUGGCUUCCUUGACCAUGAUGUUCAUUAUUGGAUUGCAUUUAAAAAAAACAUUGACAACUGAAAGCAACUGGCUGCCUCGAGUUCAAGUGUUG